AUGGCGCCAAUGAGCUAUGCAGCCAUAGUUGCGAAAGACUCAGGGGGCACCACAGGUGCCGUCAGCGCAGGCGUUACGAAGCCAAAGACUUCGCCUACUCAUUCCAGCACUAAGAAACCGUCAUCCGGAUCCAAAAAAUCGACAUCUCCGUCCAAGAAACCUGUUCCGACCGCUACGGGAUUAGAGUCAGCACUCAGACGUUCCUUGAGGCUCGAAGGCAAACCUCCAGAGAUUGAUCCACUUCCCACCACCGGCAAGACCAAGGAGCAGAACAAAAACUUUGUCAUCACAAGUAUAUGGGGGGACAAAACACGCGAGGGCGCCUCUCUCAAAAAACGAUUCAGAAAAAACAAGAUAACAGGUAGUAACGAAUUGGUUGCGUAUCGUGCCGAUCGAGGUCCUGAACACUUCUACCCUGGAAUGAUUAUCCGGGCCACCGAAGCAAAUUACCAGACCAAGCUCAAACUCUGUGUCGAUGAACUGGAUGACAAGGUACGCAAAGAUCUGGAUAUAAUGGUACACAAAGAUGGUCCUGUUUACAGCAAGAAACGACCUAUGGUGGUACUCUACAAGACUUUGAUGGGACUCAUGUGUGUGCCAAUGUUUUCCAACACCGAGGGUAUUGCGGGGAGCUCAAACAAGAGAUGGAGUCAGAUUGUCAGUGCCACAAGAGUCGGCGACGAGUCCUGGGAGGGGAAAACUCCUUGGGCGGGAAAGCCACUGAUAUUUGAAGCUUAUGAGAUUGAGGGGGGACAACCAUUGCAUGACAAAUGCUUCAUCAAUAUCGCGGAACCGAUCCAUAUCUCCAAUUAUGAGGAGAUACACGUCAAGAUGGGGCGUUUGAGCGGCGAUCAAUACUGCAGGUUGAUCAAUGCUUUCAUGUUUCGACAGUACAAACUCCUCAAAGCUGCUUUUGCCGAUUACGGGGAAGAGCGUGGGCUCAAGAAUCUUUGGGAGGCGUGGCAGUCGCAGAAGUCGGGAGAUAUGCUAUGGCCAGCUGAGAAAUCUGAAGAAUGGAAGCAGAUGGAGGCUAAUAUGAGUGAGAAGUCUCCACAAAUAGUCAGCGAGACCGGUGAGUAUACUUUGGUUUGA